AUGCCGCCACCACCCUCGCAGAAGCCUGGUCAGGCCAGCAUCAGCGCCUUCUUCAAACCCAAGUCGAGCCAGCGCCCCAUCACCAAGUCUUGUCAACCGGACCGUGCUCAGGUCAGUAAUGGGUAUGCAAGAACCUCAAACUUGCUCGAUACCGAUACUGGCGCUUCCAGUUCAGCUCAGCCUCCACAUAAGCGCUCCAAGUUGAACAACAAGGACGGACCUCGUCGCGAAACAAUCGAUCGUAUGAGCAAAUGGAAGUUUACAGCGCUCCAGCCAUCUGACAACGUGUCCUCCGAGCUAGAUGAGGCUGCCUCGCAAGCAACGCCGACUGAACGCUCACAGCACGAUCAAGCUCGCCAUGACGCUUUCCGCAAGACGCUGCUGGGCCCCAACUUUGCGAUCGAUCGGCAUGCAAGCAACCAAAUGCAGAUCGACGACAUGUCGAGUGCGCACACCUUCUCGCAUAGCGAGUCCAGAACCAGUACUGGGACCAAGGUGGAUGCUAUGGUCGUUGACGACGACGACGACGACGACGACAACCAACACGAACAAGCCGCGCAGUCAGUACCUGGCACUUGGAACCGUUUUACAGGACUUGCUGCUCCCGAGUCGACACCUGCCCCUUGCUCUCAUCGAGACAGCUCAAUGAACAAGACAAAGGGCAAACCAAAAGCCUCCGGAGCCGGUACAGGCCCCAGCUAUACCCCACUCGAAAAGCAGAUUCUCGAACUCAAAGCCGAGCACCCUGGCGUCCUGCUCAUCAUCGAAGUCGGCUACAAGCUCAAAUUCUAUGGCGAGGAUGCACGCAUCGCGUCCAAAGAGCUCAGCAUCAUGUGCUUCCCCGAACGCAAUCUUCUCACCGCCAUGAUACCCGUUCAUCGUCUGCAUAUUCAUGUCAAGCGUCUCAUUCAAGCAGGUCACAAGGUCGGCGUUGUGCGUCAGAUUGAAACUCGCGCACUCAAGGCUGCCUCGAAAAACGCCUACACACCUUUUGUCCGCAAGCUCACAGCGCUCUACACUGCAAGCACAUGGGUCGACGACCUGUCAAGCCUAGACGAUUUGGCCGCGAACAUGGGAGAUGCGUACACAAACCAGCCAAAGAGCCUCAUGGCCAUCGUCGAACAGUCCGAGCGUGGCAACGCGCAGGCAGACAGGGUCAGCAUCGGCAUCGUCAGCGUCGAGGUGAAUACUGGUCAUCUGACCUAUGACCAAUUUUCGGAUGGUCACGCGAGGAGUGAACUCGAGACGAGGAUCGCCCACCUUGCGCCUGCUGAGGUGCUCAUCCCACCCCAGCUCACCAAACCCACAGAGAAAGUCAUCUCGUAUCUGCUUGGUAACGGUGCAGACGGCGGGGUUAGGAUUGAAAGACUUGCUGCCAUGCCGGACUACAACCAAGCUUUUCAGUCCGUCACGCGUUUCUACCGUGAUCGAGGGCUCGAGUCCCCCGAGGUACCCGAGGUACCCGAGGUACCCGGCAGUUCAGAGGCGGAUACCACGAGACUGGCGACGACGCUUGCAGACGGUGCAGACAAAAGGUCGAGUCCGUUGAUCUCGCUGAUCGUGUCGCUCCCGCAACUCUCGCUUAUCGCUCUGGCCCAAAUCAUCCAACAUCUGCAAGCGUUUCAACUCGAAUCCAUCUGUACGCUGUCGACCAACUUUCGCUCCUUUUCAUCGCGCACCACGAUGUUGCUCAACAGCAAUACGCUUGCCAAUCUUGAAAUUUUCCGGACGGCCAACGAGCAGACUGAACGUGGCAGUCUGAUCUGGCUGCUCGACAAGUGCAAGAGCGCCAUGGGCAGGAGGCUGCUGCGCAAGUGGGUCUCGCGACCCUUGACCGACAUUGACAAGCUCCAAGAACGGCUCGACGCGGUGGAGGCGCUUCGAGACGGCAAGAGCUACGUUCUGAGGCGACUCGAUAGCGUGCUGCAUGGACUCCCGGAUUUGGAAAGAGGGCUAGCGCGCAUGACGUACGGCCGUGCGACACCUACGGAGCUCGCCACGGUCUUGCUCUCGCUAAACCGAGUGACGCAGGAGUUCAAAGCGGACGAGGCAGCCACUUGGAAGACACAGUCGUCACUCAUCGACACACAUCUGCUCUCACUUGCAUCGGGAAAGCAAGUGGUGCAGACCUAUCUCAACCAGAUCUCGAUCAAAGAAGCGCGCGCCAACAACAAAGCGGACCUGUAUCUGGAUGCGGAUGUGUUCCCUGCGAUCCAAGCAUCGAAGGACAACAUGGCGAUCAUCGAUGGCGAGCUGCGCGAACAUCUGCGCGAGAUACGAAAGCUGCUGCACCGGCCGAGUCUGGACUACGUGAGCGUCGCGGGUGUCGACUAUCUAGUCGAGGUUCGAGUGGCCGACGCGAAAAAGGUGCCUGUGGAAUGGCUGCGUGUGAGCGCGACGAAAUCCAUGGUUCGCUUCCACACACCCGAGGUGAUGCGCUUGUCCAAGAUUCGCGAUCAGCACAAGGAGACGCUGGACGCCGCUGCUCAAGAGGCGUUUGCGAGGUUUGUGCGCGAAUUGUGUAAGAGCGAGUACGUGGUGUUGCGCAAUGUGGUGGCGAGUUUGGCUGUGUUGGACGUGCUGCUUUCGCUAGCGCACGUGGCGCGUGCGGCUGGAUAUACACGGCCGGUGUUUUUGCGCCAGCCUCAGGACGCGGAGGCGUCGGUGCCGGUCGAGAUCAUAGGUAUGCGACAUGCGAUUCUGGAAGUGGUGUCGGCUAUGCCAUAUAUUCCGAAUGAUGUGAGUCUGUCUACUGGUGAUUCGGGAGCGGCGAUCUUGUUGAGCGGGUGCAAUAUGGGCGGGAAGUCGUCGGUGGUGCGUGCGCUGGGGUUGGUGAUAAUAAUGGCGCAGAUUGGGUCGUUUGUGGCUGCGGACGUGGCUAGGAUCGGGGUGCAUGAUGCGGUGUAUGUGCGUAUGGGAGCUCGCGAUCGUAUGUUUUCCGGGCGCAGUACGUAUAUGGUAGAAGUUAGCGAGACGGCUGAUAUCCUUGGCUCACUGACGAGUCGCAGUAUGGUGAUACUUGAUGAGUUAGGGCGCGGUACAUCGUCUCGCGAUGGCUACUGUCUUGCAGCCGGGGUGCUUGAGUACCUGCUCACACUUGGCUGUCCUCCGAAUACUGUCUUUAUUACGCACUACCUGCAGCUUGCGAGCAUGCAACGUCGGUAUCCUCAUCUGCGCAAUAUGCACAUGGCGUUCACGUCGAAUUCCAGAAAUCUCCUGGAUCCCAUCCACCUCGUCUACAAACUGCGUCCCGGUAUCGCGCACUCGUUCGGCAUUCACGCCGCCCACCUAGCACGUCUGCCCCUCCAGAUCAUCCAUUCCGCUUCCACCAUCUCCAGCGCCCUCUAUGCCAAACACACCAACCGAUCCGCUUUCCUCGUCCUCAAACACGCCUUUGCCAAUCCACCCCAGCUUGCCACCGUAUCUACCCUCCAACACCUCCUCUUUACUCACCCUCCCACUUAG